CUUUUCUUCCCUUCUUCAAUUCUCUCUCCUCCCCCCACAAAAAAAGCAUCUAAUACAUACAUAUCUACCUCCAUUGCAAUCAAUUACAUACGGCUUCUUCACAUAAUACCAUCACAAUGAAGAUCCUCACCAAAGAAGAAGAAGAUGCCCACUACCGCGAGGUCGUUAAGGGCGGUACUAUCGGUGGUCUCAUCGGUCUGGUAGGCGGCGCAGCCGGUGUUCUCGCCGCCACCAGGCGCUACCAAACCAUUCGCAACCUCACCCUCCCCAUGAAAUCCUUCCUCGUGACCUCCUCCGGUACCUUCGUGGGUAUCAUCAGCGCCGACCACGCCUCCCGCAGCUUCGAAGCCCAGCGCAACGCCAGUCGCCAAUGGUACGAGAACCGCGAGGAGCGUCUCCGCCAGGAGGAAUUGUCGCAGCUGUCCACGCUCGAUCGCGCGCUUCAGUGGGCCCGCCGCGAGAAGUACAAGAUUGUCGGUGCCACGUGGGUGGCUAGUAUGAUUGGUAGUUUCGCCAUGGUCAACCGGAAUAAGCACCUCAGUGGAUCACAGAAGUUGGUCCAGGCCAGAGUUUACGCCCAGGGCUUGACCCUCGCUGUGUUGGUGGCUAGUGCGGCGUUCGAGAUCCAGGAUCAGAGGAAGGGUCGUGGCUUGUUGCAGGAUAAGGUGAAGGCCGAGAGGCAGGCUGCUGAGGAGAGAAAGAAUGCUGAGCAGGAGCACACGGGUGAUCUGUGGAAGGAUAUGGUUGCUGCUGAGGAGGACCGGUUGAGGAAGAGGAAGAUGAGUCUGUCCGAGUCGGAUUACUUGCAUCCUCAUAAUGGACAGGAGAAGAAGGUUGAGGAGGUCAAGGAGGAGAAGGAGGAGCCUAAGAAGGAGGCUGCUGAGGCAAAGGAGGAGAAGAAGGAGUAAAAUGGUUGAUGCGAGUGUGAUUGAUUCUUGUUUAUAUAUCUAGACGUGAUUGGGCUGGCCUUGAUCACUGGUGUAUUUGUUCUUUUCACAUCUGCUGUUACUUUUGCCAGUUUUCUUUAUGGGGUUGGAUACACUCUUCACUCUGGAUAUAAUGUGGCGGAUUGGUUUGCUAGAUUUGGAUGAAAAGUGAUUAUGACUGAUUGCGAAUGGUACAUGUCACAUCUUUGAGUCUAUAUUUGAAUAUCGAUCUUAUCUACAACCCACAUGCAUUAUGGAGCUAUAAGUCGAUCAGUUAAUCCGACUGGGGCUUCAUGUACGGCCAUAGU